AUGCCCUUUCCAUACAAAUAUAUAUGCGAUCUACUCCAACAACUUGACAUUGAGUCUCGCAAAGAUGAGCAUAAACAGACUCCUGCAAGGAGCAUAAUCGAAACGUGGUUUCGUGAGCAUCGUUCGAGUCUUGAUGCAUCCGAGAAUGAUCCAAGCGCCAUAUUAUCCACUUUACUACCAGAAAGAAGGACAGACAGAGUCUACCUUAUCCAAGCUGCAAGACUUGAAAGUAUAUUUGGUAAAGCCUUGCUUCUAGGAGCCUCACGAUUGCAAGAACUCCGAAGAUACAGGACUCCUGGUCUAGGCGUAGACCUUGCCGACUGUGUUGAAGGUAUCUUAAAACGUACGCCUAAUGAUACACAAGAUUGCAAUAGACUCACAGUAGAGGAGAUUGAUGACACUCUAAACCGUAUUGCAGCGGCCUGUCGAUUCAGUUCGCCUUCGGUUAGAGCUUCGCGUAGCACUCAAGACUCUAGAGAACAGGAUCGAUCUCUGGUCACCAUUUACAGGAAACUCAGUCCGCGCGAUGCAAAAUGGUUUACAAGGCUAGUAUUAAAGAACUACCAGCCGGUGGUCAUAGAUGAACGUCUCAUAUUCCGUUGCUAUAAUGAUCUCCUACCUCAGCUGAUGAAGGUAAGGGACGAUUUUACCACAGCCACUACCUUCCUACGGCAGGUCAGCCAGCCGUCCCGCGACCAAGCCGUCAUUGCCAGUAUGCUGAAACCAGUUAUCGGGACGAAAGUUGGUCGGCAAACAUGGCUCAAAGGGAGAAGUAUCAAGCAUUGUCUAGAUAUGGGUAAAUCCCGGGAUAUGAGUUGCGAGCAGAAGAUUGAUGGCGAGUACUGCCAAAUACACAUUGAUCUCCGCAAACGUUCCCCUAUCCAGAUAUUUUCCAAGAGUGGGAAAGAUAGCACCCAGGAUCGAAUUGGCCUUCAUCAGACCAUACGAGAUUCGUUGAAACUAGGAACACUAGACUGCCCCUUUAAAACUGGCUGCAUUCUCGAGGGGGAAAUGGUGGUAUACAGUACUCAAGACAAUAAGAUAUUGCCAUUUCAUAAAAUUCGCAAGCACGUUUCACGCUCUGGUUCUUUUAUAGGGACUAGCUAUGAUUCUCAGCCUCACGAUUACGAGCAUUUAAUGAUAGUAUAUUUCGACGUACUGCUUAUCGACGAUGAAUCGUUACUAGGAGUCCGACAGUUCGAGCGCUUCAGGCGCUUGAGUGAUCUCGUUACUUGUCGGAAGGGUUGUGCUGAGCUAGUACCCCGUGAGACGAUAUCUUUUGGUCGGCCAUCUGCUGCGUUGAGGUUACGUGAAGCUUUUGCGAAAUGUAUCGUCGCUCGAGGUGAAGGCCUUGUCCUGAAGCCCGAUGAACCAUACUUCAACUUUAGCACGGCGCAAAAGUCAUUCAGCUGCUGCAAUAUUAAAUUGAAGAAGGAAUACGUCCAAGGUUGGGGAGACGUCGGGGACUUUUCUGUAAUUGGUGCCUCUUACGACGCAGCAAAAGCAAGAGAGUAUAAGAAGCCCAAUAUUAAAUGGACUCAUUUCUUCAUUGGGUGUCUAGACAACAAGGAAAAAGCACGAGCAGGAACUGAAAAGCCUCGAUUUAUAGUUACUAAUGUCAUCGAGCUUUCUGAGGCCCUUCUAUGGACGGUUAUGACUCAAUGUUUUCCAUCCCCGGUCCCGUUCGAUUCAAAUGAGUCUAUAAUUCUGGACUUCAAGCUAGGGAAGGUAGACAAGCGACCAGACGAUAUAUUCUUAGAACCGUUAGUGUUCGACAUGCGUUGUUUCUCCUUCGACAAAUCACCAAACACGACUUUCUGGAGCAUGAGGUUCCCAUCGGUCUCAAAGAUUCACCACGAUAGAUCAUACUUGGAUACUAUCAGUUUUACGGAACUCCAAGAGUUGGCCUCAAAUGCAACAGAAAUACCAGAGCUCGAAGAUAGCCAGGAGAUGCGCAAGUGGAUAUCAGCGUUAGAAAAGGCAGACCCAGGAGGAAUCGCUGUGGACGUUAUCAGCCAACAAAGCAAUGGAACUGAACCAAGAACACCUCCAAGGCCAUCUUCCGGUGAGACCAGUCACGAAAAGGAGCCCCGAAGCACAUCGAUGCCGGAAUCUUGUAAACGAGUACACUCCCGUGAACAACCCCUGUUGUCUUGUUGCGAUACAGUAGAGGCAAGCAGGCACCUAAUAGCCCCUUCAAAGCCACCAGCUACUGAAGGUGAAGAGCAUUGUACCACUACUGAUGUUUCUCCGAAAUCUCCAAUGCAUGCAGGGCGUAAAAGGAGACCUACUUCAGAUGCAGUGAUGACUCCAAAAAGACCACGUCUAUCUCCCAAUGAAUCUUCUCGGCAGUUACACUCAAUAGAUAGUCCCAGUGAACUACAACCAAAUACUCCAAGGAACAGGCAACCACUUAGCCAGAUCGAUACCAACCCAUCUUUCGGAAAUCGCAGGACAAGUUCCCAAACUGAAGCAUUAGAAGGAUAUCUAUCUAACUCCCCAGCAGCUCAGCUAGCCGCGUCAUCGACUAAUAAUAAAAGUUCAGCUGUAUGUUCUCCUGAUGGGCCACCCACCAUCUCUACCUUUAAAGUAACUUCUAGCCCUACACAGGACAAACAUCUGUCAGGGAAGCGCUUGGCACAUAGACAUUGCUCCCUCGUCGAGGAGAAAUGUGUACUUGCCAACCGCUCUAUUCUACUAUCGCCGUGUAUCGCUCAGUAUGCAUGGGUCACCGAUAACCUAUUACGGGACCAUGGAGUGGAUACCUUCCUAACGGAUCCCAAGAUGUGGUCCCAGGAACCUACGCCCAGCUUUGCAUAUAAAUGGGAUGCCUCGCUAGGGAAGACAAGAAAGUCCCGAGUUCGCAAAAUCUGUCUGGUCGAAUCAAGACGGGUCGAUGCCACAUCAUCCUUUGUUAAAACCAUAGGAGAAGCUGGCUUGAAGAAAAAGAACGGAGAACGCGAGUGGGUGGGCGUUUAUGACUGGCGGAUACUAGAGGAUAUCUCGGGUUUAGAGUCUGGGACGACCAAACUAGAAGGGAUAGAUCUGUGGAGGAAACACUACGUGGCGAUUGCAUAG